UCUUUGAGUAACAAGUACCAUUAUUUAAAAUUCACAAUUUCUAUCAUGUUUCAAAUUUAAAAUUUUAUUCAGAAUUAGUAUAUAAGUGAUUCGUGAAUUUAAUUGAUUUUACUCUUAUAAAAAUUAUAAACGAAUAUUUAAUCGUGUAUUUUUUAUCAUCUUAGAGUCUGGAAGGCUUCAGAUUAUUAUAAUUAAUUUGUCUAAGAUCCAAGAUGAGUUACAGGGAUUCCUUUUCACUAUACCCGAGAUAUCAUACAUACAGUACUUCUAAAGACCUGCGUGUAGGAUCACAUCUAAGAAGUCCAACGAUGUAUGGGGGAUCCCAAUCAUCUGUCUUGAGCUCUUUAUCAACAUACAGAACUAGUGGAUUGGAUGGGGUUUCCUACACACCAACACCUGAUUUAAAUGAAGUGUAUCCAGGAUUGUUUGUUGGAGAUGCGGUUGCUGCAAAAGACAAAGCAUUUUUAAAGCGCAUGGGUAUUAACUAUGUAUUAAAUACUGCUGAAGGCAAGCGCUACACGCAAGUAGACACUGAUCAUUUAUAUUAUCGAGAUUGUCCUGGUCUUCGCUAUAAAGGCUUUCAACUUAUGGAUCUUCCAUCUACUGACAUAUCAAAGUACUUCCACAUUGCUGCAAAUUUUAUUGAUGAAGGAAUUUCAAGAGGGGGUCGUGUGUUGGUACAUUGCUUUAUGGGAGUAUCACGGUCAGCCACUUGUGCUCUUGCUUUCCUCAUGAUCAAGAGAGGCAUGACUUUGUCUGAAGCUUUAGCUUUGGUUCGUUCUCGUCGUGAUAUUCAUCCCAAUGAAGGGUUUAUUCGUCAAUUGAGGGACCUGGACAGGGAAUUGCGUGUAUGUAGAAUUCGCUGACAGCAAACCCCACUUGAAUCAGUUCUCAGUCUACCAUACAACUUUAGCUCACAACAUCUUCGUGUACGCAGCUUAGACAGAACAUAUUCAAGUCGCUAUCAUUGAUAAUGAGACAGAGAACAAUAAAGUUUGUGACAACACUUUGAACUUUAAAAAAAAUUAGUACCAUAGUUUUAAGUACUAACACAGUAUGCAGAUAGGAUAGAAAUUUGUUUAUGUUUUACGAAAGUAAGUAUGUAUAGAUAAAGAGUAUAAUUUUUACCUAACAAAAUCAAUUUCACUUGGUGGGUUAUUCCCAUUUAAGAAGAGCUAUUUUUGGAAAGUAGAGAAAGGUUUUUAUUACUUUAAAAAAGAAACUGUUGUUACCAUACAGACUUGUGCUAACUAGUCAUUUGUAAAACUUAAUCAGCCAAAAAUUAAAUUGAUAUGUUACAAGGGUUAUAAAAUAAAAAGUAUUCUAUUCAACUAUAGUACAAUUGUCUAGCCUUAAAUGUAAAAGAGGGUAGUAUUUUCACAAUAACAUAAUUGUUAUAUUUAAUUUAUUGAAAUAAAAUACCAUGAAAUGGAUCAUUAUAUAGAAAUACAAUAAUAGUCCACAGUUAAUGGAUUUCUGUUUAGUAUAAAAUUGGCAUAUUCAAACAUGUAGUGAAGAAUUUAAAGACUGGCAUUUAUGAUUGUGGCUUGAUAAGAUCUUGGAUGAUUUAUGCUUUUCAGAAAUAUGCAUGCCGACUGUUGAGGCAACAUGAAUGUCAUUGCCCUUUAAACAUUAUGUCAAGGUGUAAAAUUUGGCUUGUAGCCAACACAUGACUUCAUUAUGUGUGAAGAUGCUGUUCUUGAAAUUAUUCUAUUCUUAAAUAAGAUUUCACUAACAACAUUCAUUGAAAUAAAUAAGUGAUGAGUUAGUAACUCAUGUUUUUCUAUUAAAGUAUGUAACAUGAUUUGGUUGUAAGAAAAAUCAAAACUAAUGACAAUGUAUUUAAUAAAUUAUAUUGAUUAAUUAUUACUUUUCCACAUGAAAAGAUGAAUCUUAAAAUGUAUGUUUUUUUUUAAUUGUUAACAUUGUGAUAUUUCACAUUAUGUAUUAGAAUAAUCAAUUUUUUGUAAUACUAGUAAAUUAUUUAUUUAGAUUUGCUAGAAAAUAUCUGAAGAAUUGAUCUACAACUUAUUUUUUGUAUCAUUUUAUAGAUCUAUACUAGAUUGAGCAUUAAUUAAGUUAGGUUGCAAACCUUAUAUAUCCAUAAAAGGAAAAUAAUAUUUUUUACAUAAAAACUCUGUGAUAAACCACCAAAAAUAUUUUAGAAAACUAGCUAGAUGGUUUUUAAAUAAUCACUAAAGUUGUAAACUGACUAGUCUUAUUUUAAUCAGUACAUAUAUAUAGUGUAAUGAUGUUAAUUUACCCUAUAACUUCACCAUUUCUUAAACAAUAUAUGUUUAUGAAAAAUAUAAUAUACACUGCUUUAGGAGCAUUAAGCUAAGAAUGUUCAUGCAAAACUUUACAUUUACUAAUAGCUGCUUAAAAAUUACAUACAGUGUUAUUUGGAGACAGUAGUAUUAAUUUAAUCACUUUACUCUCCAGGUGGCAAAGAAUUUAGUGCAAAAUAUUAUCAUUAAGUUAUAUUGUUAAUAACCCUGUAUAAUCCUUUCAAUAUAAUUUAUACUGUGUGCUUUUAAAAGAUUGUUAUGAUGUAUUACAUUUUAACUGAAUAAAGAUAGAAAUAAUCA